UCAGCAGGUGAACAAUCAGCAGGUGAACACUCAGCAGGUGAACAAUCAGCAGGUAAACAAUCAGCAGGUGAAUCAGCAGGUGAACAAUCUGCAGGUGAACAAUCAGCAGGUAAACAUUCAGCAGGUGAACAAUCAGCAGGUGAACACUCAGCAGGUGAACAAUCAGCAGGUAAACAAUCAGCAGGUGAACACUCAGCAGGUGAACAAUCUGCAGGUGAACAAUCAGCA